AAGGGAGCAUGUUUUGAUGGUAGUUGAGCUGCCAAAAGCAAUAAAGCACCUUCGAUUCGAACGGACGGAGGAAUCAAAGUUUGGGUCACACUCUUCUCCGUCCUACAACUGCAAUUCACAUUUCAUUUCAACCAUGCAACAUACCUUCUAGUUUUCUCUCUUUUUUCUUCUCCUUUAUUAUAAUAAUAAACAACCAAUGUAUCAUCAAUCACUAUUCCAACCUUGUUCUUUCUCCUUCUCCUCAAUCCCAUUUCCAAGAACCAUUAAAUCUUCCUCUUUUACUUCAACUUUCACAGUUCGAUGCGAGGCCAAGGAUCCAUCGUUGUCCCCUUCCGCACAACAACCUCUGCCCCUCUCGGCGGUCGCGAAGCUUAUGGAAUCGGACAAGAAUAGUGGACCCUACCCAGGUGGGUUGGGUCCAUUCACAGGGAGAGACCCGAACGUGAAGAAGCCGGAGUGGUUGAGACAGAAAGCUCCUCAAGGUGAAAGGUUCUCUCAAAUUAAGGAAUCAAUUUCUCAGUUGAAGCUCAACACUGUUUGUGAAGAAGCACAGUGUCCCAAUAUAGGAGAGUGUUGGAAUGGAGGCGAUGAUGGUAUUGCAACUGCUACAAUCAUGGUUCUUGGGGAUACUUGCACUCGUGGAUGUAGAUUUUGUGCUGUGAAGACCAGCAGAAACCCAGCACCUCCUGAUCCAAUGGAACCGGAAAAUACCGCAAAGGCCAUUGCCAGUUGGGGUGUGGAUUAUAUUGUCAUAACAAGUGUGGAUCGUGAUGAUCUACCUGAUGGAGGAAGUGGGCAUUUUGCACAAACUGUGAAAGCUAUGAAGAAUAUGAAACCUGAGAUCAUGAUUGAGUGUUUAACCUCUGAUUUUCGGGGUGAUCUUAAGGCUGUAGAAACUCUGGUUCACUCAGGAUUAGAUGUCUUUGCGCACAACAUUGAGACGGUCAAACGGCUCCAACGAAUUGUUAGAGAUCCCAAGGCUGGGUACCAACAAACCUUGUCAGUUCUAAACCAUGCAAAACUAAGCAAAGAGGGGAUGAUAACAAAAUCUUCAAUAAUGCUUGGCCUCGGAGAAUCAGAUGACGAGGUGAAGGAAACAAUGAUGGAUUUAAGGGCCAUAAAUGUGGAUAUUCUGACUCUUGGUCAGUAUUUACAGCCGACUCCUUUGCACUUGACAGUCAAAGAGUAUGUUACGCCUGAGAAGUUUGCUUUCUGGAAAGAAUAUGGAGAGUCUAUCGGUUUUCGAUAUGUAGCCAGCGGCCCACUGGUACGAUCUUCGUACAGGGCUGGGGAGCUGUUUGUCAAGACAAUGGUAAGAGAAAAGACCAAGAAUACAAGUGGCUCAUUGUUGUAACUCUUUACUAUGUGAUUACAGCAAAAGAUGAUGUGAUUUACGAUGCUUGUGCAAUUGCUGCACAGAAAGAUGGUUAGCUAACUACAUGUGUCUUCUAUUGCUUUGGAGCAAAGAUAUCCAGAUUUUUGUCACUUAUAUGAAACAAUUUGUUACAGGGAGAAAUUCUAUUAAAUUAAUCCAUAAUUUAUUAUUUAUCACAUACAUGAUAAUGUGAAAUUUAUAGUUUUUUUUUUUCCAUACGAUAAUAGUGGAUUGACUUAAAUUUAUAACCUGUUAUAACUAUUUAAUAUUUAUGUCACUUAUUACUACUUGUAUGUACUUUUUAAUCAAAGGAGGAGUGUUAUUUGUGCUGUUACUUUUCUCC